AUGGGCGCUGCAGCUUCUCGGGCGCCAGGGCGGCGGCGAUGCGGUCCAGCCCCUUCUCCAGCUGCUCCAUGGAGGUCGCGUAGGAGAUGCGGAAGCAGGCCGGCUCGCCAAAGGCCUCUCCGGGGACAACCACCACGUGCGCCACCUCCAGGAUGUAUCUUUUUGCGGGGAGGGGUUGAGAGCGGGGCAGAGAUGUGUGGGUGCAUGUGUGUGCAUGAAGGUGCACAUGCACCUGCUCAGGUGCACGACGGAGUCUCGAGCAAUGGGGCACACUCCUUCUAUACAGUGCAUCAGCUGGUGGUGCUCUCCCUGCCGAGCACCAUUCGCGCGCCCAUCACCCCUCCCUCACACCUCGCCCCACACAGAGGCAUGCCUCACCCUUUCCCUCACCUGCACAGCUCGGCCACGGUGGGCACCGGCCCGAAUCCCGGGGCUUCAGCGCCCGGCCCCACCAGGGCCGAGGCGUCGGGAAACACGUAA